AUGUUGCUACCAUCGUUGGUUGCUCUGUUACUGCUGCUGCUUGCGUUGGAUGAGGUGACGGCAGAUCGGGUGUUUGCGGGGUCUGAGAAUUACCGAAUAGCGUUGGCGGUCAAGUCGACUGCGUCUCCGUUCUUUGCCGUUUCUCACAAUGGUUGUGUAGACGCGGCGCGACGAUUGGGCGUUACCUGCAUGUAUGUUGGACCAUCGGAAGGGGUGGAUGCCGUCGAACAAGCACGAAUCAUCACCGAGCUAGUGGACAACAAGGAAGUGGAUGGGUUGGCCAUUUCCGUCAUUGAUGCUCCCACCAUCACGCCCGUGAUUGCCCAUGCCGUGGCCAAUGGAAUCCCCGUGGUUACCUUUGACUCGGAUGCUCCCGAUAGUCUGCGCAGGUCGUAUAUAGGGACCAACAAUACAUUCCUCGGUCAACAGCUCGCCAAAGUACUCAAGCAACUGGUGCCAGACGUGACUGAGGCCACCUACGCGGUAGUGAGCGCUCCGAAUCCCAACAUUCAGGAACGCGAGGCUGGAUUCAAGGGAGCCCUCGAUCCGGACCAGUGGACCGAGAUUUCCAUUUCACCGUCGGAUAUGGAAGGAAAUGAUACUCUGGCCAUAGUGCAGAUUCAAGAGUUUGGGAGACUCAAGCCAACUGCAAUAGUGCCCAUGAUGGGUGCUCCUAUGCGAGCGGAAGGUUGGAGACCGUUUGUCAAUGCUCAUCCUAGCAUCACCAUGGUGGUGGCCGAUGGCAUGCCCAACCAACUAGAACUAUUGUCAGAAAACUACGCCGAUGGCUUGGUCGCUCAAAAGCCAUACGAAAUGGGAUCCAUGGCUGUGGAAGUCCUCUACGAUCUUCUGCAAGGAAAGAAGCUUGUUCCCGAUUUUAUUGGCACCAAUCUACUGGAACAUACCAAUAUUCCUCUUGUCCUUCCGGAGUUGGUGGUGGACCAGAAUCUGAUUGGGGAUUUGCGAUUCGUGGGUUUUAUCUUGUUUGGCUUGGUCUUCUUCAUUGCCGCCUCCUUUUGUGCGUGGAUGUGGAUGCAUCGCAGUGUCCGAGUGGUCAUGGUGUCACAGCCCAAAUUCGUCUAUAUUAUUGCACUGGGCGUGGUCCUCAUGGCCGCGGCCAUGGUGCCACUGGGAUUCGAUGAUUCGACUGCCGAUGACGGCGGCACUGCCAUUUGCAUGAGCACACCCUGGUUGGGAAUCUUGGGCUUUGCCUUGACGUUUACUGGCCUCUUUGCCAAGACGGCCCGCGUCAAAAUGAUCUUCCAGGCACAGGCGGUGGGGUCUAGACCCUCCGAAGCACAAGUCCUGCGACCCUUCUUGGUCCUCUUGCUGGCCAAUGUCGUUGUCUUGACAGUCUGGAGUAUUGUGGAUCCACUGACGUAUGUUCGAAUCGAUCACGAGGGAACGGAUGGCUGGAAUCGAAUUGUAUCAACCUACGCGACCUGUCAAUCCGAAAAUGUGGUACCCUACAUGGUCCCAUUGGCCAUUUUGAAUCUGGGAGUUUUGAUCAUAGGCAACUGGCACGCCUACCAAACGAGAAUGAUCAAGAGUGAAUUCAGUGAAUCCAAGUUCAUCGGUUUGAGUAUGGCGAGCAUGCUACAAGCCAUGUUGACCGGGAUACCGCUGCUCUUUCUCGUACGGGACAAUCCACAGGCGUACUACCUCAUCUUGGUUUUUAUGAUCUUUGUCAUCUCGAUGGUCAUCCUGGUGCUCAUGUUCGUACCGAAAAUUGUGUAUGCAAUUGGUACCAAAGACAUGGAUCUGAGCGAACAGAACCAGCUGAUUCAAAAGCAAAUCCAGGAUUCCAUUGAGGCAGUACAAUUCAGUUCGUCAAGAGGAUUCAGCAGCCGAAACCUGACCUCGGAACUAAACAACACCAUCAUUCACGAACAAGAGGAUGAGGAGGAUCACGACGAGGGGGACGAGCAAUCCAACCAGUCACUAGACGAGCCAGAACCAACAGUGGAAGAUCCCAUCAUUGAUGCUGACUGCUCCUUUGCGCGCAGGUCACAGGUGGCAGGUUACAAUGGUGAAACUGAUAAGGCGAGACUGUCUCCAAUGGAGGGGAAUCGGGCCAAGGUGUCGCAACCAACACUGUUGAAGGAUACAGCAUUCCCUGGGCUUGAGUCGGAACAGACACUGGCGACUGAAGACCAAAGCGAUUCGGCAGAGUCUUCUCCAGGCGCCGUGACGAUGGUGCCGACAACAGGUCAAAACUCGUUCCUGAAGAAGCGAAUAGGAGUUGCUACCGGUAAUACUGCUGGAUAUGAUUCAACUCCUGGGGCUUUUUCAGUUCAGCCCAGCGGCUCAAUAGACACACGAUCCACAGAGGAACAUGCAGUCGUAGACGAAGCGACAAAUACGUCUCAAAGGACCAUGUUUGGACCAGACAAUCACGAAAAGGACUUGGUUCUGAAGGAACGAUACCGUGCCGCGAUGCUGGCUACUGCACCAGAUGUGAUAACACCCGAAGGACUGGAUCAUGCCUUGGAUUCCUCAUCUUCAAAUCACAGUUCUGAGAGCUAA